CUAGUAAAAUAAAAUAUAAAAUCCCAAACCCUAAACCCACUUCACUUCGUUGAGUUUCGUUCAUUCUAUCUCAAACACCAUCUUCUUAUCCACACUCUCCAAACAUGGCUUCAACCAACGCUCUAUCCUCAACCUCAAUUCUCCGUUCUCCUACCAACCAGGCACAAACAAGUCUUAGCAGGAAGGCGAACCAACAUGGAAGGGUUAAUUACAGACAGAAAGUUAACCGUUUCGUGGUUAAAGCAAGUGCUAAAGAUAUUGCCUUUGACCAAGAUUCACGCCGUGCUAUGCAGGCUGGAAUUGAUAAACUUGCUGAUGCUGUUGGCCUUACUCUCGGACCCCGAGGGAGGAAUGUUGUUUUGGAUGAGUUUGGUAGUCCUAAGGUAGUUAAUGAUGGUGUGACAAUUGCAAGAGCUAUUGAGUUACCUGAUGCCAUGGAAAAUGCUGGUGCUGCUCUAAUUAGGGAGGUUGCUAGUAAAACUAAUGACUCAGCUGGAGAUGGGACUACAACAGCUUCGAUUUUGGCUCGGGAAAUCAUUAAGCUUGGACUUCUCAGUGUGACAUCAGGUGCUAAUCCUGUGUCCAUCAAGAAAGGAAUUGAUAAAACAGUAGCGGCUUUGGUGGAAGAGCUUGAGAAGUUGGCUAGGCCUGUUAAAGGUGGAGAUGAUAUAAAAGCCGUUGCUUCUAUUUCUGCCGGAAAUGAUGAGUUGAUUGGAACAAUGAUUGCUGAAGCAAUUGGCAAGGUUGGACCUGAUGGUGUUUUAUCCAUCGAGUCUUCCUCCUCAUUUGAGACAACCGUCGAAGUCGAAGAAGGAAUGGAGAUUGACAGAGGCUACAUCUCUCCCCAAUUUGUUACAAAUCUUGAGAAAUCAAUUGUUGAAUUUGAGAAUGCAAGAGUCUUGAUUACCGACCAAAAGAUUUCCGCAAUAAAAGAUAUAAUUCCUCUGUUGGAGAAAACCACUCAAUUGAGAGCCCCUUUGCUUAUCAUUGCCGAAGAUAUCACCGGUGAGGCUUUGGCUACCCUUGUUGUGAACAAGCUGCGUGGUAUCCUUAAUGUGGCUGCCAUCAAAGCUCCAGGAUUUGGUGAAAGAAGAAAGGCCCUCCUUCAAGACAUUGCAAUAUUGACAGGUGCUGAGUUCCAGGCCAGUGAUCUGGGCCUUCUUGUUGAAAGCACCUCAAUUGAACAACUUGGUUUGGCUCGGAAAGUGACCAUCUCCAAGGAUUCUACCACUAUUAUUGCUGAUGCUGCAUCAAAGGAUGAGUUGCAAUCUAGGGUUGCACAGUUGAAGAAAGAGUUGUUUGAGACAGACUCAGUUUACGAUUCGGAGAAAUUGGCCGAGAGGAUUGCUAAAUUGUCUGGUGGAGUUGCAGUCAUCAAGGUCGGUGCUGCUACAGAGACCGAACUUGAGGAUCGUAAACUUAGAAUUGAGGAUGCCAAGAAUGCAACUUUUGCUGCCAUUGAAGAAGGUAUUGUUCCUGGCGGAGGUACUGCAUUGGUUCAUCUCUCUGCUUAUGUUCCAGCAAUCAAGGAAAAACUAGAAGAUGCAGAUGAGAGGCUAGGAGCUGACAUUGUUCAAAAGGCAUUGGUAGCACCUGCAUCAUUGAUUGCUCAAAAUGCUGGAAUAGAAGGUGAAGUAGUUGUGGAGAAAAUUAGAAGUGGUGAAUGGGAGGUUGGUUACAAUGCCAUGACAGACACUUAUGAGAAUUUAAUUGAGUCUGGAGUCAUCGACCCUGCAAAGGUAACAAGGUGUGCUCUGCAGAAUGCUGCUUCAGUGGCUGGGAUGGUCUUGACCACACAGGCCAUUGUUGUCGAAAAGCCUAAGCCCAGGGCAGCUGCGGCUGCUGCCCCACAAGGCCUUACCGUUUAAGUUUUAGAUUUUAAUUAUUGUUGUAGGUUAAUUACGGCAAACAGUUUUGAGCAGAAAAGUGAAAGAGCUUGUGUUUUCGGAUGACUGUUCAAUUGAAAAAAAAAACUGUAUUUGUAAACAUAGUUUAAGAUUUGUUUUGAUUGAUGAGGGAUAAGGAAAGUGAUAAAUUUGCAUUCUAAUCA